AGGAAUAGGAGAGAGGAGGAGCUUGGGUUAGGUAAACCAGGUACAUUAAAUACAGGGAGGGAACACUGACGCUAAAGUUUUACAGUUGACAGAUCAGGAGGAGGAAAACAAGACUGACUGAAGUUCAGAAAAUGAGUGAUUGUGUGGAAGAAGAGGAAGUCGGAGCACAGUCUCAAUCAUCUAGCUAUGUGUCUAUGAAGAGUGACCAGUCUGACGAAAAAUGUCCAGACUUCAAAAAUGAACCAGGAUCCUCAGACAUAAAAGAGAAGAAGACGAGUCAUGUUCCUGUGGAGGAGCAGGUGUCCUGCUGUGAUCUGUGUCAGGAUGUCCUGAAGGAUCCAGUCUCUACCAGCUGUGGACACUGGUUCUGCAGACAGUGCAUCACCUCAUACUGGGACCAGUCUGGUCCAUCAGGAGACUCCUCCUGUCCUCAGUGUGGACAAAGAUCCAGAUCAAGACCUGGACUGCAGACAGCCAGUCAGACCAGAACUGUACAAACAGAUAGUGGUCUGCAGGAGGUUUUAGAUGAACAUAAGAUCAGUCUGAGGAGGAGAUGUGAACGUGUGACUGAAGGAACUGAUGGAACAGGAAGUAGAACCCUCCUCAACAGGAUCUACACUGAGCUCUACAUCACAGAGGGACAGAGUGAAGAGGUUAAUACCCAACAUGAGGUGAGGCAGCUGGAGACAGCUUCCAAGAAGAAGACCCUCCAUGACACUCCAAUCAGGUGCCAGGACAUCUUUAAAGCCUUACCUGACCAACAGAGACACAUCAGAGUGGUUCUGACCAACGGCGUCGCUGGUGUUGGAAAAACCUUCUCAGUGCAGAAGUUCACUCUGGACUGGGCAGAGGGCUUGGAAAACCAAGAUGUCAGUCUGCUGGUUCUGCUUUCGUUCAGAGAGCUGAACCUGAUCAGAGAUGAGCAGUACAGUCUUCUCACGCUGCUCCAUGUUUUCCAUCCAACAUUACAGAAGGUCACAGCAGAGAAGCUGGCUGUCUGUAAAGUUCUGUUCAUCUUUGACGGCCUGGAUGAAAGCAGACUUUCACUGGAUUUCAACAACAGGAAGGUUGUGUCUGACGUCACACAGAAGUCAUCAGUCAACGAGCUGCUGACAAACCUCAUCCAGGGGAAUCUGCUUCCCUCGGCUCUGGUCUGGAUAACUUCCAGACCUGCAGUGGCCAAUCAGAUCCCUCCUUCAUGUGUUGACAGGGUAACAGAAGUACGAGGCUUCACUGACCCACAGAAGGAGGAGUACUUCAGGAGGAGAUCCAGUGAUGAAGAGCUGUCCAACAGAACCAUCUCACACAUCAAGACCUCCAGGAGCCUCCACAUCAUGUGUCGAGUCCCAGUCUUCUGCUGGAUCACUGCUACAGUUCUGGAGCACAUGUUGACUACAGAGCAGAGAGGAGAGUUGCCCAAGACCAUGACUGACCUGUACUCACACUUCCUGCUGGUUCAGACAAAGAGGAAGAAAGAUAAGUAUGGUGUGGGACAUGAGAUGAGUCCACAGGAGCUGACGGAGGCUGACAGGGAAGUUCUUCUGAAGCUGGGGAGGCUGGCGUUUGAACAUCUGGAGAAAGGAAACAUCAUGUUCUACCAAGAAGACCUGGAGCAGUGUGGUCUUGAUGUGACAGAGGCCUUGGUGUACUCAGGAGUUUGUACAGAGAUCUUCAAAAGAGAGAGUGUGAUCUUCCAGAAAACAGUCUACUGCUUUGUUCAUCUGAGCGUUCAGGAGUUUCUGGCUGCAGUCUACAUGUUCCACUGUUUCACCAACAGGAAGACACAGGUACUGAAGAAGUUUCUGGGAAAAAAAUAUGUUGUUUCAACCCUGGAUGACUUCCUGAGGAGAGCAGUAAAAAAAUCCCUGAGGAGCAAAAAUGGCCACCUGGACCUGUUUGUUCGCUUCCUUCAUGGCCUCUCUCUGGAGUCCAACCAGAGAGUCUUAGGAGACCUGCUAGGUCAUACAGAGAACAGUCCAGAAAUCAUCCAGAGAGUCAUCAACAACCUGAAAGAGAUGGACAUGUACAGUGUCUCCCCUGACAGAAGCAUCAACAUCUUCCACUGUCUGAUGGAGAUGAACGACCACUCAGUUCAUCAGGAGAUCCAAGAGUUCCUGAAGUCAGAGAACAGAUCAGAGAAGGAACUCUCUGUGAUCCAGUGUUCAGCUCUGGCCUACAUGCUGCAGAUGUCAGAGGAGGUUCUGGAUGAGCUGGACCUGGAGAAGUACAACACAACAGGGGAGGGACGACGGAGACUGAUCCCAGCUGUGAGGAACUGUAGAAAAGCUCGAUUUAAUAACUGUGGACUCUCAGAGACUCACUGUGAAGUUGUGGCCUCAGCUCUGAAGUCCAACCCCUCCCAUCUGAGAGAACUGGACCUGAGUCUCAACGAGCUGCAGGAUUCAGGAGUGAAGAUACUGUCCACUGGACUGGAGAGUCCAAACUGUAGACUGGAGACUCUGGGGUUGAAGAACUGCAGUUUGUCGGAGAUCAGCUGUUCUUCUCUGGUCUCAGCUCUGAAGUCCAACCCCUCCCAUCUGAGAGAUCUGGAUCUUGGAAACAACAACCUACAGGAUUCAGGAGUGAAGGAGCUGUGUGGUUUUCUGCAGAGUCCAGACUGUAGACUGGAGACUCUGGGGUUGUGGCGCUGCAGUUUGUCAGAGAUCAGCUGUUCUUCUCUGGCCUCAGCUCUGAAGUCCAACCCCUCCCAUUUGAGAUACCUGGCACUGAGUUACAACUACCUAUAUGAUUCAGGAGUGAAGGAGCUGUGUGGUUUUCUGCAGAGUCCAGACUGUAGACUGGAGACUCUGGGAUUGUGGUGCUGCAGUUUGUCAGAGAUCAGCUGUUCUUCUCUGGUCUCAGCUCUGAAGUCCAACCCCUCCCAUCUGAGAGAUCUGGACCUGAGUGGAAACAACCUGCAGGACUCAGAUGUAAAGGAGCUGUGUGAUCUUGUGGAGAGUCCGGACUGGACACUGGAGACUUUGAGGGUCGGCAACAGGGUGAUUAAAGCUCCCAGGAAUAAAACUUUAAGUGCUACAGAAGAAGAUUUGUGCUCAGAGAAUCCAUCAUUGGCAAAUGGUUGCUCUGACAUCAAACUGGAUCUAAACACAGCAGACACAGAACUGGAUGAGACUGAGGACAACACAAAGAAGCUGCAUGUCUCUGAGGAUGAUACUACGAAACUGGAUGUUUCUGGGGAAGACGUAGAGAAUUUGGAUGUCACUGAAGAUGACACAAAUAAGCUGGAUGUCUCUGAGGACAACACAAAGAAGUUGGAUGUUUCUGAGGAAGAUAAAAAGAAUCUGAAUGUCACUGAGGUUGACACAAAGACACUGGCUGUCUCUGAGGAUGACACAAAGAAGCUAGAGGUCUCUGAGAAUGACACAAAGCUGAGUAAGCCUCCAUCAAGCUUCAGACCUGAACUGCAAACUGAAUCUGCACAAGUCUCAUACAGGUUCAGGUGUCCUGGUCCAGGUGGGUUCCAGUGUUCUUCAACUGGACUGGUGUUUGUUGUGGAUAAGGAGGCGGAGCUUCUCUACAGGACCGUCCAAUGGGAUGAGAGCCUCCUCCAAUCAGCUGGCAAGACACCUGCAGGGCCUCUGUUCAAUAUCCAGUGUCCUGAGGCUGCUGUCUGUGAGCUCCACCUCCCACACUGUGAAACUAAGGAUGCUCUGAUCCAUGAAGGCCUGCUGUUGGUCGCCCACGUCACUGAGGAUGGAAUGAGCUUCCUCGACCCGCUGGAGAUUACAGACACUCAUGUGAUCGUCAGAGUCCCUCAUCUCUCUUCCUUUGGUCUAGUCUGGGUUUCAGAGAUGAUAUGGAGAUUAUGGAACUACACGAAACCUGUCAGGGGCCGAGUUUUGCUGUUCCUCCGACCACCAAACCCAAAAAUGCAAAUCCUUGAUGUGUUUCUCCUGCCGAGCAAUAUCCCCCUGGAAGAGGUGAAGGCAACACAGCACGAUUCUGUGUACAUCAAGACGCCUUCCCGUUGCAGACUCAUCAAAAAUCAAAGUUACACUGUUGACUGUGGGAAGACUAAUAAAGUACAGCCUGAGAGAGCGGAGUUUGAUCUGGAGUUUGAACCAGAUUAUGAUCCAAUGUUUGAGAUCCUCCUGCCUGUAAACACAGAAGAAGUGACUGUAACACUCCGAGACCACACAAAUACAGAUGUCUGGAAGAGAGAACUUCACCUGACCGGUCUGAGAGCAGAAACAGUACAAAGGACUCUCCCAUCAGAGGACAGCCUCCCAUCAGAGGACAGCCUCCCAUCAGAGGACAGCCUCCCAUCAGAGGACAGGCUACUCUUGGUUCGAGCACAGUUUAUUAGCAGAGUGUCUGAAUCUGUUCUAGACCAGCUUCUGGAUAAUCUUCUUGAGCGUGGUGUGGUAAAUGAUGAAGAAAUGCAGUCAGUGAGGGCAAAAAUCAGAGCAGACAAAGCUCGAGACUUGAUCGACACAGUGCGAAGAAAAGGAACUGAGGCCAGUUCAGUUCUGAUUGAUGCUCUCUGUAGGGUGGAUCCAUGCAUCUCCAGAGUGCUCAGAUUAAGAUGAACCAAAGACCAGACACUGUGGAGUGGAGAAAACUCUGUUUACAUUCAUUACUAAUCUUUAAAUGAGAAGUUGUGUUAUUAACGUUUGUGUUUUUAAUAAGUGGACACUGAUCCUUAAAGUGAUUCACUCAAGUUUGGAAAAAAGGCCUCACACUGUGACCCAACAGAACUUCCAUUCACUAUAAAGUGCACUGCAUUUACAGUCCACCAUUUUAUUUGUGUGUGUAAAUUUAUUCACUAUACAGAGCCCUCAUAAAUUCCACAAUGGAAAUAAAAAGGCAGCGUUCAACAUGUGUACAACUGUCUGCUAACAGACCCACAAUUCAAUGCUCCACAUUCUAUGGAUGUGAUCCAUCCAGGGCUCUACCCUCAGAUGGUCUCUCUCUUCUGCCUCAACCACUUGUGGAGUUUCUCAGGGCUCCAUUUUAUCUGAUUUGUAUGUUCUCCCUUUAGACUCUAUCCUCCAUUCACUGCUACACAGACACAAAUAUACCUUCUAUUGAAUCCAGCUCUGUCACAUCCAUCCUUAAUUACCUCCUCGGAUGGAAAAUAACUGUCCUCAGUUGUCUGACAGUGAGACAGAGGUGAUUGUUCUUGGAGUAAAAUCAGUCACUUAGAGCCAUCGAACAUUCAUACCCAUAUUCAGACUGAACUUUGAUAACUAGAUCAGCUCUGUGGUGACAGGUUGCUGUGUUCAGCUAAACUGAAGUCCAUCCUCUCUCUUAACAAUAUUUAGACUGUUACAUCACAUUCAUCUCCUUAAUUACUGCAGCUCACUGUACCUGGGUAUCUCUAGUCCUCUUUAUCUGGUCUGCAGCUCAUUCAGGUGGCUGCUGACUCCUGGUACCAGCAAACAAAGACAGCAUUACACUGGUGAGAACUUCCCUGCACUGGCUACCAUCAAAAACUGAAUUCAAUGCUAUUUUGUUUUUGAGGCCAUACAUGGGUUGUACAUCUCAGAACCUACUCCAGCUCUAGGCCUCUUAGAUCGUCAGAACAGUGGUUUUUCCAUGACUGAGCUUUGUGGGUCAGGGAGAUUAUGUCUUUGCAGUGGCAGCUCCACGGCUUUCGAAUAACUCUUCCACUCUUCAAGUCAAACAGUACUUUCACUGACACUUUAAAGACAAAACUCAGGCUGUACAUGUUUGUGGUCUAUAUUUCUUUUAUUUUUAUAAAUCAAUCUUCUUGAUUGUUUUGUCUUGAAGUUUUAUUCUGUUUUCUUUCAUGUAUGCACAUAUUUUGAUGUUGCCUUGUUUUUUUUUUUAUCUUUGCAAUUCAUUGUUGUUAUUUGUACCUUUUACCUCUGAUGUCAUUUUAAUCACUGCCGUGCCUCUAAAUAGAGUUUGUACAGCACUGUGGUUAUAUUAAACGUGCUGUGUGAAUAAACAUGAUUUGAGUUGA